AUGUCUGACGCAAAGGCUAUCGUCACCCUUUUCCCGCUCAACGGAUCGGAUAUCCUGCCAUAUCGUUCCCUAAUCUUCACGUCCAACUCUGAUCGUGUUGAAAUUGGCCGUGCAUCUAAACGCGAGAAAAAGAACCUCAUUCCUACGGGUAAUAAUGGACUGUUUGACUCUCGCGUGAUGUCACGGAAUCAUGCACGAUUGCGUGUGUGUCUGGAUAAGAAGAUAUUGUACCUCAGUGAUGGCAACUCUAUGCACGGUACCUGGGUGAAUGGCGAAAGGGUGCCUGUUGGCAAGGAUAUUAUAGUUGAAAGCGGCGAUGAAGUAGUUUUUGGAACAGAGGUUGUCCGUGGUCAUGAGACCUUUCCUCCACUGAAAGUUCGCUGUGAGCAGCGGUGGCUAGAAUCUGGUCCCGAGUUUGCCUUAAAUAAUAGCGAUGGCCACUUCGAAAAACAGACAACUAAUACAUUCUGUGUUCCCGACGAUGACGAUGAUUAUGAUGAUGAGAUGAUGUACGACCCAGUAAUAACGGCUGCUGAGAGUAUCUCUGAGUCAGAGGGCUCAGAUCCUGGCUCAGAAUCAGAUGACAACUCGGUUAUGGAAAUCUCAUCCCCUAUCACUUCUCCACCUAAGGGUGUCGACUUCAUCGGAUCACAGCAAAGCCCGAUUGAUGUGGAUGACAAGCAAGCCGAACAACCUCUUGCAACUCCAAGAAUGACACCCCCCCCAGGUGUUAAUGCCCUAGAGGAGGCAAGCAAUAAGUUCGAAGACGAAAGUUACCACGUAAUUCAUUCAGAUAAUGCGUUAACCCUAGACUCUGAGGAACAGUCGGUUGCCGAGUCUAGUGACUGGGAGGGCGAGGACGGCGGCCAUGCUGAUUCCGCAGACGGCUCCAUGCCCAAUUUACAUUCUGAAUCCGACUCUGAUGGCGAUGAGUCUGAUUCAGAUAGAAUUUCUGUGAGAUUGAGCGCUACUCCAUAUCUGACCGCUCACCAGGCUCUCCAAGCAAACACAACUUGUGGCGUCUAUGAUGUGUCGGAUAGGGAAUCUUAUUUGACAGGCAAAAGAGAAGCAUACUCACCAGAUGUCACCAGGCACUCCGACGCUCAUCCCGAAGUUGGAAUCUCCCCUUUUAACGCUCCCUCUUCGAACGUUGAUGAGCAGAAUGCUUCCAGGCCGGUCGCCGCUAAAAACGAGGCGGACCCCAGUCUCCCUAUACAGCCAACCGGAAAAUUAUUUGAUCAUUCACUGACUGGCUUCAACAAUGAAAUGAUCAAUAAUGCAAUGGCACAGGCGUCAGAGAAAUGGAAAUCGCUCACUGCACAGAGCCCGGUAUACCUUUUCCCAGAACACCGCAGCCCACGUAUUCCUUACAAAGAUGGCCCCUUUGUCAACUCGCCACCCUGCUCCAUCAAUGGUAUAAAUGGUAUUGGCCGGGCCGACGGUGCUGUCCCUACCGCUACUGCUACCGGAAACAGAGUCACAGAGACCCGUGCUACUGGUGUUGAGAGUUCCCAAAUGGAAGCGGGCGAUGUCCCCAGCUAUGACCAGACAGGGUUGUCAUUCGCCUCGCUCUUGGACAUCCAACGUCGACAAGAAUCCAGCAUCCAGGCAUCCACGUUUGAUGCUGUUGACCCAUCGGCAUUAGAAAUCACCGCUACCCAAGGACAGCGGUUAAAGAGGAAAGCAGAGGAUGCGGGUCUCGAUUCACAGAUGGAUGAUGCCGUUGCCAUGCAGGAUGUCUGCCCCUGUGCUGAAGUUAGUUACUCGGUCGAUGAAGAGCCUGCCUCUGAGGUGGAAUUGAGCCUCCCUGAUGCCCAGCCACAAACCACUGUACCUGACCUUGGAAAUAUGCCAUCACAGCUCACUGAGUUAUGUGCCACGCACGAAUCUGAAAAGGCCGAUAGCAGCACCCCUCCUGUCCCGGAAAGUGGAAGACCAUCGAAACGGUUGAAGGCUUCCGGAAUAGCGAAUUUCCGAAGCCAUGCUGCUACUGCUGUUGUGGGCGCGGUGGUAGGUGCAAUUGGCACUAUUGCUGUCCUCGCCUCGCUUCCUGCCGAUUACUUUUCCUAA